CUUCAGUCAGAACUCGCGGGACAGUUGAGUGCGGCAAAAUAUUCCGCAUGUGUUGUCAGAUAAGAAACAAGUCAAAAUCAACUUUUGAGCCCAAACUUCUCUGUUAGUUUACAGGAUGUCAGAGGAGAUUCUCCCUAACGAAGAUAAAGAGACACUGAGAAGGCGACUGGAGCAGCUGAAGCAAGAGUAUGAGAAGACAGCACAGAGACUGCAGAGAGCAGAACGUCAUGAUGCAAUUCGCAGAAGCACACAGAACACAGUCUCUGAGGAGAACAGACUUACACAGAUUUACUCUCCACACACAUCUGAGCUGUCUUCUGUGGCUUUCCUCAUGCCGACAUCAGAAUAUUCAGAAAACCAUGAGAAUCUGCAAUUACAAACCAGCAUAGUUGAAGAAAAAAACAGCCUGCAAAAAAUCCCUGCCUUCCAAUUGGAGCUUGAUGAGAUUGCGUCCUCCCCGCCUUUGUACUCCCCGGUAUGCAAGCGAACCCCUGCCCACCGGCUGCGUUCUAAGCGCAGUCGACUGCGCCUACAGAACAAAGAGCGAGAAUCAGACACUGACAUCAGCCUAGAAAAAGAAAGAGAUGGAAGUGGAGAAAAUAUUAUUUGUGAAAAGCUGGACACUGAAAUAAAGGAGGGCAGUGAAUGUACUAAUAAAGCAAAUAGACUGAAAGGAGUGAGAAAACAUGGUAAGAUGGAAGAGAAGGACUGUGAAAAGAAAAAAGAAAAGAGGAUGUCAGCUGAGAGGGAGAAGAAUCAGGAUAGGCCAAUAGGAAUAGGAACAGUUGGUAAAAUUUCUAAGCCAUCACAAGAAUUGGAGAAUGAUAGGAAAAGAAAGGAACACUGUGUAUUAAACUGCUCUGCGAGCCAGUCAGAUAACAAACUGUCAGUGGUUUCAAGUGAAGAAAAUCAGAACGUUCACUUUAGCCAGGAAAAGAUUAAUGUUAAGGAAGAAUCACACUUAGGUUCAGCUGUGUCUAUCCAGACCUCAUCUGAGGCAGUACAGAUGACUGACAAAUCAGAACAGAUGCUUGAACAAACUAACCACUUGCGUAAAGACUCUAAUAUGGGUUAUGAUGAUAGGACAGACAUUAAACAAUCUGGCAUUCUGGACUCUUGCACGCUGGUUGAGGGUUUACCAUUUCCCGUGGAGUAUUAUAUUCGGACGACAAGGCGCAUGGCUGCAUCUCACAGCUCUGUUGAUCUAGACGCUGUCAUUUACAGCCAGCUCACCGGGGGGCGGGGCAGACGCAGGCUCAGCCAAUCGCAGACGAGUUGUAGAGGUCACAUUACCCCAGAACAUUCAAUCUGCAGGUCCACUGACCAGACCAGACGUGGAGGAAAAGGUCAGAGAGGGAGAAGAGGCCGUCCAAGAAAGUCAUGUGCCAAAGCUGCUCUUGAUGCUGCGAGUGAUUCUCAAGCAGAUUCUGAAUCUUUUAUGGAAUCAAAGUGCACAUCUCAUACUGAAUCACCCAGCCAAUCAGAAUUGGUCUUUGGAAGGCUAGAGGCAGAGUCUCAGCCAAUCCAGUCUCUUGGGCCUACAGUGAGUUUAAAGCCAAGUCCAGAGCAGGGAGAUACUCAAGAUUUUAAGCAUCUUCCAGAUUCUCAGCUUUGCUUUGAUACCCAACUCCUCCCAGAUUCAAAUCUGUACCCUAUUUUCAGAAGAAAACAGGGCCAAACUGGAAGAGAGUCUCAGACAGAUCAGUCACCUCUUCUGCCAUCAUUAGCUUCGCUCAUUCAGGCUCUUCAAGAAAAGGAUAAGAAAACUGGACUGCUGACUGCUGUUGAUUUCCAGGAUUUCCACCUACCUGAUGAGGAUUUUGGACAACUAAAGUUGGAAAGAUUGCGCUUGUCUACUUCCAUCGUAGAACCUUUUGGACAGCGUCCUCUAGUGUACAAUACACGGCAGAGCAGCAGGCGCCAAAGAAUGAGUGGGAGAAUUAAUAAUUUUGAAGCAUGUUACUCAGUGGGUGAACUAUUUACUCCAGAACCCAUAAUUACCUCUUCUCUUGAGGAUAGUUUACCUCUGUGUCAGUCAGACCCUGCUGACCAGUCACAGACAGAGAUACAAAAGGACCUCAAUGCUGUAAAUGAAACAGGGACCUUCUCCUCAGAUCUGAUGGACAGUAGACAGUUUGGCAAAGCUGAACCAGACAGAAGCAUAAAUAAUGAGAAAAAAGAUAAGGCCCAGCUUAAAUCCUUAGAAACGGAAAACAUUAACAAGAUUCAGUCACAAACUCAGAUGCAAAACGACAGCAACUCACUUUGCCCCGUGAUUCUAAGUUUGAGCCCGUCUCUGACAUCACACACGCAGAAAGGUCAAGAUCCCGUCCUUCCAUCUUUGGGAAUGUCUCCUCACUUUCUGACUCCAGGUUCACCAUUAGAUCUCCCGUCACCUCUUUUUUCGUCCUCUGGUUUCCUUAGGUCUCCCUCUUCAGUCACACUUAUGGGAUGUGUGUCUCCAGAAUCAGUCUCAGCUAAAAGAGGGGACAUCAAAAAUCUUAACUCUGCUAAAAGUGGAGAUCAGGGAGGUUCUGAAACACAGAAUCAAACUCAAAUUAGUCAAGAAGCAGUGACAGACAUUCAAAAUACUGUGAAACCACAUACACCGUCCCAAAACAACACUCCACUGGAAACUAAAUCCUCAUGCAUCUCAGAAAAUGAACAGAAACGUGAAUGCAGUGAUGAUAUGGAAAGCAAUCAUGAGUGUGGAAAUAAGAUCAGUUGCACACCAGAAAAUGAAGUUCAUCUUCACAAUAUUCCUGAAGCAGUGAGUAACACUGAUGCGUCCAACGACCGGACAUUACUACAUGAGAAAACCCUAACUGCCACUUCACUCACUGAUGAAGUUCAUUGUUCUGCAGUCCUGCAGGAGAUGCACACUUUCAAGGCACUGGAGGGCGGAUGCGUGUUGGAUUUGUGUUUGGUGCGAUGGCCAUCGGAGGACUGGUGCAUAUGUGUGGCAGGAGAAUGGAGCGUUUGCCUCUGGGCUCAGAGGAAAGGAAAUCAGUCAUGGAGUCUUGUACACACCUGGACAUUUCCACAGACCGUCAUGUCUUUGCAAGCGAUUCCAGACACUUCGGGACUGCUUUGUGUAACUCUGGGUCACUUGGAAAUCACAGAGGCAAGGAUGCUCUGCUGUCCAAGUGCGGAUGGGCCGUUCUCUCAGAACGCAGUGUGCAAGGACACGUUACAAGCAGUGUUAGGUGUGUCUAAUUGUCGGCUUGUGUGUUGCUCCACCCCUGGAGAUCAACAGAGAGUCAGUGUGUUGACAGUGACUCAAGAGGGAAGGGUAGUGAACACUCUUCCCCUGGUCUCUGCCAAGCAGAACAUUCGGACCCUUGCAGCUGUAGAGGGUGAAAAAGAUGCUCUGAUUGGUUGGACAGAAUGUAAAACUCUGCUUAUAUGGAACAUGAAAACAGGCCACCUGCUUCAGUCUAUACACCUGGAAAAGACUUUAACCAUGACAAACUGCAUGAAGGGAUAUUCUUACAGAGGCGUGCUGUGUGUGUUACUUCAGAAUGCAGGAAAUGUGUGUGAUGAGAAUAACGCAUCGCUUUUUACUCUGAUUGCCACAAAUCCUCUCACUGGCAAACACAUCACACUGACCUCUAUCAAAUGUCCUGAUCAACACAAACACCAGUUAAUAGAUGGUGAUGUCUUGGGCUCUGGGCUUGUUGGUGUUUUCCAGUCUGGUCAUCUUGCUGUUUGGGAUCUCAGAGGACACGUGGCUAAAGUUGUUAGUGUGCUGGAUGAGUUGUGUCGACUAGCUCGAUGGGCAGGGCCAAACACGUUGCUGACUGGAUAUCUGAAUGGGGAUGUUAGUGUGUUUCAUUAUAAAUCUACAUAAACAGACCAUACAUCUCUAUUUAGCAAAAUGUUUACCAAAUAACUAUUACUUGUUAAUAAAAUAAAAAUGUUCAUUAGUGCAAUUGUUGAAAAAAGUAAAACAUUGAAAAUGUUUCAUUAUUACACAAGCUAAUUGUUGAUUACAGUUAAUAUAAGAAAACCAGAGAAAUAUUUGUACUAUUUGGGUGUGAUAUGUAAAAUACGUUUUACAAAAUAAAAUAUAAAUCUGUAAAAUUACAUAAACAAUUUUAAUGUCUUUAAUGUUGAGAUUAAAGUUUUUAGUUGAGAGAAUGUCAAACUGUAUAAUUUUUUAUU